AUGCCGCGCUCCUUCCUGGUUAAGAAAGUCAAGCUUGAUGAUUUCCCAUCUCCUACAACCAGCAUCCCAUCGCCGACCUCAGACUACGAUAACGCUUAUGGCAGACGCGCCACCAAUAACGUUGGAAGCCUAACUGCCCGAUUGCACGAAAAAGGGUACAUCAGUGACUAUAUCACGCCUUCCGUUUACGAUGGAGACCCACAGAACGCGAUUAAACUGUCUUCGUCCGAGCCUAUCUAUGCAGCGGUUCACGGUGAGUACGGAGUCCCAGACUCGGAGCCACCAGACAGCCCACAAUCGGGGAUUACAACCGGCUAUAUCAACGGGGAUGCUGCGGUGAGCGAAGGCUACACGGUGGAUGCCUUCUUCAUCACUGACGGCAGAUCGAGGAGGAAGGCCAUUGCCGGCCCCAGGAGCACAAUUCAGCGUCACACAUGCAACGAGUGCGGGAAGACCUAUGCCACCUCGUCCAACUUGAGUCGGCACAAGCAGACCCACCGAAGCUUGGACAGUAAGAUGGCCAAGAAGUGUCCGACCUGUGCCAAGGUCUAUGUAUCCAUGCCGGCCAUGGCCAUGCACCUCCUGACCCACGACCUCAAGCACAAGUGUGAAAUCUGCGGCAAAGCCUUCAGCAGACCCUGGCUCCUCCAAGGUCACAUGCGGUCUCACACCGGGGAGAAACCUUUCGGGUGCGCUCAUUGUGGUAAAGCCUUUGCUGACCGCUCCAACCUCAGAGCCCACAUGCAAACUCAUUCAGCUUUCAAACACUUCAAGUGCAAACGGUGCAACAAGACCUUUGCUUUGAAGUCCUAUCUGAACAAGCAUUAUGAAUCCGCCUGUUUUAAAGGCGCUGUCCCUGUACUGAACGCAGUCGAAGCCUGA